UGGCGACGCUGCUGCCGAGCCCAGUCGGCCAGUCGCCAGCGGCGCCGCCCCGUUACGCUUCAACGUCGAUGUUACUCACCCUGUCUUGCAUUCUCUGGCGCAGCCGAUGGCGGCGCUAUAUUGAGCUUGAGUUUCAGCGUAUGCAUACAAAGACUAAAAUUAAAAAUCGAAGGAGUGUGCAUUGAGACCCAAGUAUGGGAUUGAGUUUAGUGCGAGAGAGUAAAGUUCGAUGGCAGCAGUCUCAUUAUUCUUCGUGCCACGGCAGAGUCUGCCGACGACGAACGACCACGCAAGCCAUGUCUUCGUACCCGACGACAGCGCCGACGACGACGCCUGCCAUGACGACGCCGUACGCCAAGCCCGUCAUGAAGCGCAAGCGCGCGCUCGAGACGCUCCCGCCCGCCAAGAAGGGCCUCACCGACUCGAUGCAUGCGACGCUGGCGCUGCUCCAGCACAUCCCCGCGCUUGCCACGUUUCCGCCCGGUCGGCGUGCCACGCGUCGGGGCGGCGUCGACGCUGGCGACAUGAUGAUCCACGCCCUCGGCGCCGUCAUGAGCGCGACCCAAGUGACGCCAUUGCCAUCUCGAAGGCCAGCCUUGGCGGCUAAAGAAGACGAGGCGCGGCCAUGCGCCAACUGUUCCUAGUGCAAUACCGUCGAUCCUGUAAUAUGAAGCAACACCCAUGUAAUCACUUGCAUCA